UGUCACCAAGACAAAUAAUUUGUAUGUGUAAGCAUACUUGGCAAUAAAGCUGAUUCUGAUGUUAUGGUCUCGAUGAGCGACUUUUGUUUUGAAGGGCAGGAAACAGGAAGCGACGAUGUACGUUGACUUCACACAAUUAUGGACCACAAUGACAACGAUAUGCAGGGCACGGAGGGUCCGUUAGGUGGUCCUGAUGUCAGGAGGAGGAUCCCAAUUAAACUCCUUCCCAAACAGACCAGGAUUAAACCUCUGCGACCGCAGAGACCUGCUGGACGGUUACCUUCCAAAACCCAUUCUGCUGAUGAAGAAGGCUUUAACUACAAGCAGAAAGAGAGGUUUGAUAGUUGCUCAAAAGCAGGUGAUGCAUUUGCAAGCCAGCGACGGUUCCCACAGCAGCUGUUCUGGGAUUACAAGCUAAACUUGAUUGGCAAAAAAGAUGACAUCCCAGUUCAUUUGUGUGACAAAUGUGGACUGCCAAUUAAAACAUAUGGUCGUAUGAUCCCAUGCAAACAUGUUUUCUGCUAUGAGUGUGCAUUGCAUCAUGAAAGAAAGGGUGAUAAGAUGUGUCCAGGUCUAAACCUGUACAGCUGUACAGACCCAGUCCAGCGGAUUGAGCAGUGCCAGCGUGGCUCUCUCUACAUGUGUAGUAUUGUUCAGGGCUGCAAACGCACUUACCUCUCUCAGAGAGACCUGCAGGCCCACAUUAAUCACAGACAUAUGAGGUCAGGCAAGACAUCUAGCAGCCGAUCUGACCCUCUCCACCUUCCUCCUACCUCGGAGGUGCCUGAGCGCUUCCGUGUACCCCCACCUCACCUGCCGAAACCCCAUGUACUCAUCCCUCCCCCGCUGUCUCACGGUGGUCAUGACCCUUACAGCCAGCCUUCCCCUGGCUCCCAUGAUGACCUCCGACCUCCACAAGGCCAGCCACCUAAUGCGGCAGAUAUGGGGCCGUCCCGCUCUCUCGCUCAAGAGACCUUCCGCAUCUCAACGGUUACCACACGGAAACACAGCAACCUCAUCACGGUUCCAAUCCAGGAUGAUUCAAGCUCUGGUCACUCACAUGAGCCACACCCCCAGCCAGGCAGUGCUCCGCCCCCUCACCACCACCCUGGAGACUAUCAAGGGCAGCCUGUUGUUACCCACCCACAUCACAUGAUGGCACCGCCUCAGCAGCACUAUGGGCCCCCACCUCCCCCUCCGCCAAUCAGUCACCCCAUGCCACACCCAGGGCAGGGCUCCAACACACCCCAUAUGGUUUUUAACCAAGCACCCCCUCCACUGUCAUCUGUCCCCCCACCCAUUACUCCACCUCCUGGACACCUCAUUGGUCAGAUGCCCCCUUUUAUGAACCACCCUCCACCAGGGCCUCCCCCUCAGCACGGAGGUCACCCUGUCAAUGGCCCUCCACCCCACCAUUACAACCCCCAGUUCCCUGAGGACAAGAGCACUCUCAGUCCACCGUUCAACCAGCCUGGGGGUUUGAGUCCAGGAAUGUGGCCUGCACCCCGGGGGCCCCCACCACCCCGAAUGCAGGGCCCCCCACCACAGGGACAGAUGCCUGGGCUACAUCACCCAGAUCAGGGCCGCUAUAGACCAUAUUACCAGUAAAAGGUGGUUAAUUAGAUAUUGCCAAAUAAAUUGAUUUAGUAUGUAACCUGGCAGGGAUUUGAGUAUUAAUUUUUUAGACUGAAAACUAUUAAUUACAUAGUGAAAAUCAGGAUUUGAUGGUGGUUUAAAGUCUUGUUUGUGUCAAAUAUUCAAAUAUUUUGUUUUUAAUAAUUGAGCCCACACAUGCUGCAAUUUAGGGGCUUUUGUUGAUUGUUGAAUGUGUUGUUUAUUGAAUGUAAUCAUAAUUACAUAUACAAAUUAAAUGAAGCUCUUACUGUUUUA